AUGAUGCUCCAGCUGACCCAGCGGUCGACGCCGGCGCUCCAAGCGCAUCUCGCGCGCCGCUUCCACCGCUCCGUGGGCAUCGUGGGCAUGCCCAACGUCGGCAAGUCGACGCUCUUCAACGCGCUCACGCGCACGGAGCAGGCGCAGGCGGCCAACUACCCGUUCUGCACCAUCGACCCCAACGUCGCCCGCGUCGGCGUCCCGGACCCGCGCGUGCAUGCGCUGGCCAAGAUGGAGAACUCGCAAAAGGUCAUUGAGACGCAGCUCGAGUUUGUCGACAUUGCCGGUCUUGUGCGUGGCGCGUCCAAGGGCGAAGGCUUGGGUAACAAGUUUCUUGACAACAUUCGCCAAGUCGCUGUCAUUGCGCACGUCGUGCGCUGCUUCGAGGACAUCAACAUCCUCCACGUCGAAGAGAGCGUCGACCCGCUCCGGGACCUCGACACGAUCCGCACGGAGCUGCUGCUGGCCGACCUGCAGACGGUCGAGCGCCGCCUCGAGACGCUCAAGAAGAAGAAAAAGUCCACCGAGCCCGGCCUCCAGAGCCUCGGCGUCGUCCUUGAGCGUGUGCAGCCGCUCCUCGAAGAAGGCGUCUCGAUCGCCAACCUGAGUUUCGACAUCCCGGAGGAGCAGGUGCAGUUUGACCGACUCCAGCUCCUCACGGCCAAGAAGGCCAUGUACCUCUGCAACGUCUCGGAAGAUGACGCAGCCUCGGGCAACGAGAUGACUGAGGCCGUUCGCAAGCAGGUCGAAGCCGAAGGCAGCAUGUGCUUGACCGUCUCCGGCGCCCUCGAAGAAGCCGCGUCGGCCUUUGAGGACGAGGCGAGCCAGAUGGAGUAUCUGCAAAUGGGCGGCCUCGAAGAAACGGGCCUCACGCGCGUGAUCCGGGCGUCGCAGAAGCUGCUCCAGCUGCAGAGCUACUACACGGUCGGCGAGAAAGAAGCCCGCGCGUGGAACAUCCCGCAAGGCGCGACGGCGCCGAUGGCGGCCGGCGUCAUCCACUCGGACUUUGAGCGGCUCUUCAUUCGCGCCGAGACGGUCUCGUUUGACGCGCUCACGAAGGCCGGGAGCAUGAAGGCGGCCCGCGACCAGGGCCUCGUCCGGUCCGAGGGCAAGGACUACGUCUGCCAGGACGGCGAUGUCUUCCACUUCCUCGUCGGUCGGUAA